CUGGUCAUGACCGAACCAAGAACAUGUGGACUUUUGGGUGACUUUUUGGGACACUUUCCUAGUUUAGGAUUCCUUGGUCAUCAUCAUCAAGGUGCCGCUUUCCCGGUUGUUCAAAAUAGCGGCGACUUCACGGCAGCCAAUGCCCAGAGAUUCCCGAACUCCGAUCCCGGCAAACGUGUCGUGAUCACUCCCUACAAGACCACAAACCAGACUAUCUAUAAGCGGAUUGUGUGCACCGGGGGUCCCGUUCAGGAGAUCUCACUCAACAUGACUGACCCUAACUCCGACAUCACGUGCAAUGGCUACGAUGCCUGGGUGUCACCCUGGACAUAUGCCUCAGUGGUGAACGGACAGGCCCAGGAUCUGACUAUUGGCAACUUCUCCCAGUACUAUACCUAUUUGAACGGCAAUAUGUACGAGGUCAAUUUUGGACAAAUUACUGGUGGUGUAUGCGCUGGCGAUAACUUUUUCUCGGCUAAUGCUUAUGUGGCGGACGACCAGUUAGGUUGCAGUGGACAGGGAUUGAGAUCCGUGUCCAUUGAUUACAUCAAUGCUAAAAUAUCCGGAAACAAAUGCAACCAACAAUGUACCUUGGAUACUAGACACCACUCAUUCUUUGCUUUUAACCCACCCAUAACUAACUAA